UAAUUUCCUCAAGUUUUUAUUUUUAUUUAGAAAACGAUUCUUAUAUGCAUAUUUAUUAUUGUUCGUUAGUGAAAUAAGGCAUGCCGAUGUUUUUUUGUUAUAGUUCGAAAGUUAUAUUAGCAGUCAGUCGCUCUGCAGCACCAUUCCAAUCCAAUGUGAUGUGUAUCAGGCCGUAUUCGAAAUAUUUGAUACGAUCUAUGACUACUCAUAUCUCGCCACUAAAAAGUCAUGAAUACGACUACGAUUUAGUUGUAAUUGGUGGAGGUUCUGGAGGCUUGGCAUGUGCUAAGGAAGCAGUAGCAUUAGGAGCAAGAGUUGCAUGCUUGGAUUAUGUGAAACCUUCACCAGUUGGUUCUAAAUGGGGUCUUGGAGGCACUUGUGUAAAUGUAGGGUGCAUUCCCAAGAAGCUAAUGCAUCAAGCAGCUUCUUUAGGAGAAGCGGUUCAUGAAUCGGUGGCAUAUGGUUGGCAAAUACCAGAGCCAGAAAAAAUAAAGCCAGAUUGGAGUAAAUUAGUCCAAGCAGUUCAGAAUCACAUAAAAUCUGUAAACUGGGUUACUCGUGUAGACUUACGUGAUAAAAAAGUGGAGUAUAUCAAUGGACUGGGAUACUUUAAAGAUCAACAUACAAUAAUAGCUAAAAUGAAAAAUGGGACCGAGCGCUCUAUAACUGCACAAAAUAUUUUGAUCGCAGUAGGUGGACGUCCCAGGUACUCACCAAUACCUGGUGCAGUUGAAUAUGGCAUUACUAGUGAUGAUAUCUUUAGUUUGGGUCGUGAACCUGGGAAGACCCUUAUAGUUGGAGCAGGGUAUAUUGGUCUGGAGUGUGCAGGGUUUCUUAAAGGUCUGGGUUAUGACGCUACGGUGAUGGUGCGGUCUGUGGUGUUGCGUGAAUUCGAUCAACAAAUGGCAGAAAUAAUAAAAGACUCAAUGGUUGAACGAGGAAUAAAAUUUUUGUUUACUACUCUUCCAAACUCUGUCGAGAAACAAAGUGAUGGUCGCUUUCAAGUUAAAUGGACAAACUCCAAAACUGGGGAGGAAGGAUCUGACAUUUUUGACACAGUUCUUUUUGCAAUUGGCCGCAAGGGAUUAGUUGAUGAUCUUAACUUAGAUGCAGCUGGAGUGGAAGUAAAAAAUGAUAAAAUUGUGGCUAGCGAAUCGGAACAAACAAAUAUUCCUCAUAUUUAUGCCGUGGGUGAUAUUUUACAUGGUAAACCAGAACUUACACCUGUAGCUAUACAUGCUGGUCGGCUACUCGCUAGGCGUUUAUUUUCGGGAUCAACACAAUUUAUGGACUAUACUAAUGUUGCCACAACGGUAUUUACCCCAUUAGAAUAUUCGUGCGUGGGGUUGUCAGAGGAAGUAGCAUUGCAGAAAUACGGCGAAGAAAAUAUCGAAGUUUUUCAUGGAUUCUACAAACCGACGGAAUUUUUCAUUCCUCAGAAAAGCGUUCGGUAUUGCUAUCUUAAAGCCAUUGCAGAAAGAAGUGGAGACCAAAAAGUACUUGGAUUACAUUAUGUUGGACCCGUAGCUGGGGAGGUUAUGCAGGGCUUUGCAGCUGCUGUGAAAGCUGGCCUUACAAUGAAAAUUCUGUUGAACACGGUUGGUAUUCACCCGACUACUGCGGAGGAAUUCACUCGACUGUCAAUUACAAAGCGUUCUGGCCUAGACCCCACGCCUGCUACUUGUUGCAGUUAGAAAAAUAUCUUGGAAGAAAAAUACUUCAGAGAAUUUCAUCCAUGUGUUCUGUGAAAGAAUAUCGAUUGAAUUGUAGGGAAUGUUUAACAUUUUCUGGAAAUAAAAAAAUACAUGAAUUGGUAUACAUUUACCGUAA